UCAACCAAACCAUAAAUUACUAGUCUUGAAACAUUUAUCACCUUUCAACAAUGGCUUAUAAGUGUAUCCCAUCUUUCUUUUUAUUAUUCAUCACUUUGUUUAUAACAAGCAGUUGUGUAAUUCAAGCAGAAGCACGCCAUCUUCUUGAAGUAACUAUCCCUGAGCUUCCUAAGCCCGAAUUGCCACAUUUACCUGAAAUCCCAACUUUGCCUAAACUUGAAUUCCCUGAAAUUCCAAAACCUGAGCUGCCAACUCUACCAAAGCCUGAAUUGCCAGAAAUCCCAAAGACCGAACUUCCAACAUUGCCAAAAGUCGAGAUUCCUGUCAUUCCUAAGCCUGAAUUUCCAACUUUGUCAAAGCCAGAAAUCCCUCAAGUGCCUAAAAACCCUUGAGCGCGUGGCGUAUGAAAUUCUCUUUCCCUCAAUGAAGCAGCAUUUAUGUUAAAAUGCUACACUCAUUGUGUUGUGUUAUUACUUUGUGGUGCUACAAUCUAUCAUUUGAAAGCUUUCCUUUUGGAAAGAUUAUACAUGGUUAAGAUUUGUUUAUGUAAUUGUUUUGUCAUCAGUUCAUCAAUGUACUUGUGUUUCUAGUGACAUUAUACACAUUUUUUUU